AUGGCAAUACGAUUUAACAUGCCGACUAGUAAUGUAAGUCGAAUAUUCAUUACUUGGAUAGACUUUUUGCACACUCAACUGAGAGUACUUCCUAUAUGGGCUUCAAAACAAACAGUAGCAGAGACAAUGCCAAAAUGUUUUAAAGAUUUAUAUCCCACAACACGUGUUAUAAUAAACUGUACAGAAAUAUUUACAGAGAUGCCUUCUUCAUACCGCAGCCAAUCAGCUACUUUUUCCAGCUAUAAACAUCACAACACUGCUAAAGGAUUGGUAGGGAUUGCACCAAGUGGAGCAGUUACAUUCGUAUCUGAUUUAUAUGCUGGAAGAAGUAGUGACCAAAAAAUUACUCGACACAGUGGAAUUUUAAAUUUAUUAGAACAUGGUGACUCGUUAAUGGCUGAUCGAGGAUUCGAUAUUGAAGAGGAUUUACCUGAUGGAGUAACUCUUAAUAUACCUGCGUUUCUAAAAGGUAAAACACAACUAGAUGUGGGAGAAGAACUUGAAACUAGAAGAAUUGCUUCUGUAAGAGUUCAUGUGGAGAGAGCAAUUAAUCGAGUUAAAAACUUUAGAAUUUUACAGUCAAUAUUUCCAUUGUCAAUGGCACCUGAUUUAAAUAAAGUCUGGGUAAUUUGCUGUUAUUUAGUCAAUUUUCUUCCACCACUUAUAGCACAGAAUGAGGAAUAA